UCAGAUAGUAAUAAUCCAUCAGUGUAUUUACUUGGGAAGGAAAUGAAUUGGAUGCUGGAAAAAUCUGCCGCAGCAUCGAAAUGUUUCCCAAAUGGUAGUAGAGAUGCGGCAACAGUUGCAGCAGCAACAGCAGCGGCAGCAGCUGCUGCUGCUGCUGCCGCCGCUUCUGCAAAUGCAACUCCAACUAAUGGCGUAAAUAACGGUAAUUCUGCAACGGGUUUUCAAUUGGCGCGAUUAUUGUUAGCACAGCUGCAGGCUCAGCGUAAUGCUUCAUCGAUGUUAUCCUAA